CUUGACAACCAAUAUGCGACUUGUGUACAUCUUCGGGAUGAUAAGCAGUUUUUUCUAGAUCAUCCUGGUGCAGCGCCUAUCACCACAGUGCAGGGUGAGGAACUGAGAAAACUUAUUGGUGCUCCAGUUUACAUCGAAUGUAGUUCAAAAACACAGCAGAAUGUGAAGGCUAUUUUUGAUGCGGCCAUCAAAGUAGUUCUCCAGCCUCCAAAGCAGAAGAAAAAGAAGAGAAAGGGUCAAAAAACCUGUUCCAUAUUGUGAUCUUCUCAGUUCUAAAUUGGUAGUUGGCAGAGGAUGACAUGACUGUAGCCAUUUCUUGGUAGUCUUUGCCAUUCUAUAUCUUUGCUGCAUAACACAUGAUGGUGUUGGUGUUCCGGAAACAUUACUGAACCAAAUGUUCGGACGAGAGGGACAAGAAUCCGAGGAGGGUAUUAGUCUGCUCAUCAGCAGAAAGUUGCUGAAGCUGAUGAAUGGAGACGUGCGGUAUCUGAGGGAUGCUGGCAAAUCAUCUUUCAUCUUAACAGUUGAACUGGCUGCUUCCCAGAAAUUGAUUGCUUAAAGUUAUAAGAAAAUAAAUACUUUGAGUUUUUGUACAUCAUAGAGACUGACAUAGAUUA